CUUCCCCACCUGAGAGUCGCUAUUGGCAGCGUAGUAGUAGACAUAGAGCAACAAAUACUCUCGAGAUCACGCAGGAUUCUCGUGCCGCAUCGUCCGUGGUCUUUCUUGCUGCGAAAGCCGGCCGUAACUAUCGACCGGAGUGUGUCAUCGUCAUGGCUCGUCAGGCCAAGCUGGAAUUUGAAGGAAAGAUCUCGGCCAAGGGGGCAUCAACUGACGGUAUCCGUGCAAGACUCAAGGAGCUGCAUGAGAAGCUGAAAGCACUCAACCAAGAUGAAACCGAUAUAUCAUCCCUCGAAGCUGUUCGGAAACAGUUGAUUGAGAAGUCCAUCCUUCUCAACAAGGACAAGGGUAUCAAGGCAUACUGUGCAUGCUGUCUCGCGGAUAUGCUUCGACUUUACGCUCCUGAUCCUCCAUACAAGGAUGAAAGGUUGAAGGACAUAUUCGUCUUCAUGCUUACCCAGGUAUCACAUCACCUCAAGGCACAGUCUUCUUUCCCGACGACUUCGCGAUCCAGAGCGCCUACAACGACCCGUAUGACCGAUAUACCAUAUUACUCCGAGUAUUAUUAUCUGUUGGACAGCCUCGCGACCAUCCGGAGCAUAUGUCUUGUCAUAGAUCUUAGUGGCGGGGAGGAAUUGGCCAAGGACUGGUUCAUCGGACUUUUCUCCAUCGUCAGGUCCGACAUGAACAAGCAAAUGUUGCGGCUGCUUCAGGACAUCUUGACGUCUUUGCUGGACGAAUCGGGGACUCUGCCGGUUGGACUGCUGGAAAACGUUCUGUUGGCACAAAUAUCAGCUCACAAAGAGAAUCCCGCUCAUCCUGCAUUCAUGCUGACGGUCGGAAUUAUGAGGAACUCUGCACCUAAACUCCAGCGGCAAUUGCACGCGUACAUCGCGGACAUUCACGAUACACGUGGCAAAGACCCUUCCGAUGACGAUAUGGGCGAGCUGCGGGAAGCGCACAGCAUGUUGUGCUUGCUUUUUGCCCAUGCUCCGGAGGUAUUGCUCAAUGUGAUACCGUAUUUGGAAGAAGCGCUGCAGGGGGGAUCUUUGCAACUGCGGGUCCUUACAACGGAGACCUUGGGAGCGAUCUUCGGUUCACCUAGCGGGGCGACAAUCGCACCUGUCGGGAACCUGACAAUAGCUGAGUCCUAUCAUAGUACAUGGCAAAUGUGGAUGGGCAGACGAGCGGACAAAGCGAUACAAGUCCGAGUCGCCUGGGUCGGUGCAGCUCGCAAUGUCUUAGUUCAUCAUCCAGAGUUGCGUUCAUCCGUGGAGGUCGGUCUUGUCGAAAAGUUCACAGACGUCGAGGACAGAGUCAGAGCGGCUGCCUGCCGGGCGUUGGGGUCACUGGACUAUGAGGUAGCUGCUCACCACGUCAGUGUUGGUACCUUGAAGAUGCUGGGAGAUCGCUUGAAGGACAAGAAGCCCGCAGUAAGCGAGCGAGCUUUCGAAGCUCUGGGAAGGUUAUAUGCUGCGGCAUAUAACGAAAUCGAAGCAGGAGAUAGCGCCGCAAUAGCUCAGUUCGGUUGGAUACCCGAAAGUAUAUACAAAUCCCUCGCUGACAACGCAUCCAUCACCCAGAGGGAGCACGUUGAAACGGUCACGGCAGAUUAUAUCUUGCCUCUGCCAUCGUUGAAAGCGGAUCCAGACGCCGAGACGCAUUGGGUUGACAGAUUACUAGUGGUCUGUUGUGGCUUAUCAGCGUCGGCCUUUGAGAGCUUGAUGUCCUUGACCAAUCUAUCCGACCCAGCUCUGCAGCCGUGGGAAGUCUACGUCAAGGCGUGUGAGGCCAACAAUGGCGGAGUCAUCGAUCGAGACGAGGAAGAAGUCAAAAAGCGUCUGGAACAGAUCAUCAAAUAUCUCGCGGGUCGGUUCGUAGAACCACAUCGCACGGAGAAAGCUUUGCAAUCCUUUGCCAGCCUAAACGAUACACGGCUUUACAAGCAUAUCAACGCGAUGGUGAAUCUCUCCACGGAUAUCGAAGGGGUCAUCAAAGCCAGGUCGGAUGCUCUAAAGCGGCUUGACAGUUCCCUUCCGGAUGCUGUUCCUGUCUUCAAGAUCCUUUUCAACAAGGCUAGCUUUUGGAUCAUCAAUCGAUCCUCGAUCUCCUUGCUGAUCAACAGGGCCACGAAACAAGACUCUGACGACAAUUCGGUAGUAGCGCACAAGAUACUGUUGCAUAUCAGUAAACAGCGUGCUCAGUUAUUCUCGACCCACGUCGCGGAACUGCAAAGUCUGCUUACUGAUAAACGGCCGAAUGCACCGGUCGACUUGGCUCUCCAAUGUCUUGCUCAGACAGCGAUGGUCUCGCCUAAGGACACAAACCUGCCAAAUCGGAUAAUAGAGCGUCUGAACAGCUUCUGUGCGCAAGGGACCGCUUUGCAAGGAAAGUAUGCUGCUCGAAUGCUAGCCCGGAGUUCGAAUGCAAAUGAUGUGGAGCAAGCUGUGAUGGCGUCGAUCCAAGCUCUGGACGGUGAAGCCAGUCCGACGCCUCUAUUGGCGCCUCUUUGUGCUUUGAGGGAAUUCAUCAAGAGGAACGUCGAUGCAAUCAAGCCAAAAGUUGACAGCAUAGUGGACCGACUCAACGCACGCGUUUUGUCAGAGGUUGUAGAGCCGGCGGCAACAGACGAGAGGUGGCGGAAAUGGGAAGAGCUGGAUGAACGGUCGCAAACGAAAGUUCUAGCCUUGAAAGUACAAAUCGAGGUGUGCCUGAUGGGCCUUCCCGGUGUGAUCGAGGUACAGGCCCGUCAUCGGGAAGGGGUCAAAGCUUUACACCGAGUUAUUGCUAGCGCGGGGCAGAUAGACGAGGAGCCGCAAGAAAGCGGGGCUUUGGCUGGUCACUUACGCUUAGUGGCUGCCACGGGCCUGACCAAAAUGGCACACUAUCGAGAAUACGAAGAAAUGAUCAGUAGCGCCUGCUUCGAAGAGAUCGCCUAUCAAAUUCAGGAUGAAUACUAUCCCGUUCGGUAUGGUUACCUUCAAAAACUGCACAAGUACCUCUUGCGACGGAGACAUGCACCGAGAUGGUAUAUUCUGCCUUUUCUGGUCGCCCACGAUGUGGAGCAAGAUGUCAAAGAUAUGGGUAUCAAGAUCACUCAGGAUGUACAGCACCGCCUACCAGACAAACAACGCGUGACUAUGAUUGAGAAACCUUUCGUUCGGCUGUUAUCCCUCCUUGCUCAUCAUCCGGAUUUCGAGACAACCGGCGCGGACGACCUGAUAGCUAUGAGCCAGUACAUCAACCUUUAUUUGGAUGAAGUAGCCAAUCAGCGGAAUGUCACUCUGCUUUACUAUUUGGCCAACCGGAUCAAGACCGUUCAAGAUAUCAAGGAGAGCGGUGAUCGGCUCUAUCUGCUCAGCGAACUGGCACAGCUCCUACUGCAACAAAGAGCGCAAGCCCAGCAAUGGUCUAUCGACCAAUACAGCGGCAAGCACAACAUGCCGUCAGACAUAUUCGCUAGAUUACCGAACAGCGACGUCAGCAAAGAGAUCGCAAGAAAGCAAUACUUGACCGCCGACAUGGCGCGUGAGCUGCAAGCCUCAACGGCAAGGAAGCCGGCCAAACCGCUGCCUAUCGAGAAACCCCCCAAAGUCGCCAAACCGCCCAAAGAACGAAUUACGCCAGUCAAACCUACACCUAAAAGGAAGCGUCGAAGGACACCUGACAGCGGUGAUGAUACGGCAGGGGAGGAGACGCCUGAUACCGACGACUAUGAAGAACAGUCUGGUGACGAGAUGGUCAGGAUCAAGCCUAAGGCCAAGCGCGCUGGCCGUUCAAAUCCCAGGGUGAGGGACUAUCACGAUUCUUGCCUCGGUAAAGUGCUAUCCUGACAUCUGUCGAUCCCGAAAAUAGGAUACUGCGAUGCGCAGCAAAA